GAACAAAAACUUGUUUUCAAGAUCUGUAGUUAGAAAUAGAAUUAAUGGUUAUGAAAUGCAUAAGAAAAGUCUGUAUAAAAGUUCUUUUGUGAUAUUUUAAUAAAGAUGGGCGCUUUUUUUUCGCCAUAUGAAUGAAUAAAAUGUUUUGAGAAGCGAACCGUUUGGGGAACAGCCUCUCAAGUAACCGCGCACUUCCUCAAAUCAAACCCGACGAACUUUACUCCGCUGGACAUUUAUUGUCCCACCUUUGAAACUUCAGUUGAGAUAAUAUUUAACGGCAAAGCAGCGCGUCGUGUAACUUUAGUGCUCUCCACGCGCGUAGCCGACCGGACCGAUGGAGUUGUGAUUUUGGACGGUUACACACUUCACCUCAGCGCAGAAAACGAUGGUUUCCGUAGGAAAGGUGCUCCUUGGAGUUUUUGGGGUAGUGGUGGUGGUCAUUUUGAUAGCAGUACCCACGGCUAUAUUUUUAAAAGAGAAGAAGGAGGGGGACAAUAACAAGAAAUCCUUUACCUUGGAGGAUGUCUUCAACAGCACACUAAAACCAAAGUCCUUCAGCAUGAGGUGGAUCUCAGAUCAUGAGUUUCUGAAUAAGUCCCAGGACUCGGUCUUCCUCCAAAACGUACUCACAGGAGCGUCCUCUGAGUUCUUGAACAGAGACAAGUUUGACGAAAAGAAGGCUUAUGAUUACCAGGUGUCUGCUGACCGAAGAUAUGUUGCACUCAUGAGCAACCGUUCCAAGCUGUGGCGGCAUUCAUUUACAGCCUCAUAUUCACUUUAUGACCGGGAAUUAAAAAAAUUUGUUACACCCUCUGAUAUUCCCGAUGUUGUCCAGUACUUUUCUUGGGCUCCUCAAGGGAACAAACUGGCCUAUGUUUGGAAAAAUAAUGUAUAUGUAAAGACAAGCCCGGAGUCGAGCUCAAAGCAAGUCACUUUCAAUGGGGAGGAGAAUCUGAUUUUGAAUGGGAUCCCUGACUGGGUGUAUGAGGAGGAGAUGUUCUCAUCUAAUCAGGGCCUCUGGUGGUCACCUGGUGGGAAAUACGUGGCUUAUGCUGAGUUCAACGACACAGAGGUCCACACUAUCGAGUACACCUGGUAUGGCGAGGACCAGUACCCCAGGACUAUAUCAAUUCCAUAUCCAAAGCCAGGCACUCCCAACCCUACUGUGAGACUGUUUGUUGUGGACACUGAUAACACAGCAAGUAUUACUGAGGUCGUCGUUCCUACCCCUUUUGGCUUAAGUGAGCACUACUUGGCCACUGUCACUUGGGUGACGGAUGAACGUAUUGCUGUCCAGUGGCUGAAAAGAGUACAAAAUGAACUCAUCCUUCAGAUCUACAAUUUAACUGGAUCUACAUGGGGUCACCAUGAGCAUCUGGAGGUGAAUAGUACCACUGGUUGGAUUGGACGGUUCGCUCCACCAGAGCCAGUUUUUGCCACUGACAAGAAGAGCUACUACCUGCUGAUGAGCGACACCAAACAGUACAAGCACAUCCAUCAUGUGGUCGGGGGCAAAGUUACACCAGUCACCACUGGAGAAUGGGAAGUCAUUAACAUCCUGAAAGUGACUGCAGAUAGUGUAUAUUUCUCAAGCAAUGAAUAUGAAAAUAAGCCAGGAGGAAGGAAUGUCUACCAGUUGACCGGUGCAGGGGUCAAGUGUCUGACUUGUGCGUUACGUGGUGACGACUGUCUGUAUAACUCGGCCUACUUCAGUCACGGUGCCUCCUUCUACCGUAUGAGCUGCAGUGGUCCUGGGAUUCCCUACCAUGCUCUCAUGAAUAACACAGAUAAUAAAGAGGUUUCUGUUUUGGAGGACAAUACAGCAUUUAGGAGCCUGAUAUCUGACAUCCAAAUGCCCACCAUGGAACGAGGCACCAUCAAAGUUGCAGGAUACGAUCUCUGGUACCAGAUGUUUUUGCCUCCAGGCUUUGAUGUCUCUAAGAAGUACCCUUUACUGAUAGAUGUGUAUGCAGGUCCCUGCAGUCAGAAAGUAGACUACAGCUACAGGGUGAGCUGGUCCACCUAUCUCGCCAGCACUGAGAAAAUCAUCGUCGCCAGCUUUGACGGAAGAGGAAGCGGUUUCCAAGGCGACAAGAUAAUGCAUGCAAUCUACCAACGUCUGGGAACCUAUGAGGUGGAAGAUCAGAUAACGGCAGCCAAAGAAUUCAUCAAAAAGGGUUUCAUUGACGAAACCAGAGUUGCUAUUUGGGGCUGGUCUUAUGGUGGAUACGUGACGUCAAUGGCCUUGGGAUCUGGAAGUGAAGUUUUUAAAUGUGGAAUGGCGGUCGCUCCAGUGUCCAAAUGGGUUUAUUAUGAUUCCAUCUACACUGAGCGUUACAUGUUGGGACCCAAACAGAAUUCUGUCGCCUACACUAACUCAACAGUAACUGAGCGGGCCAAGAAUUUCCACUCAGUGCAGUACCUUCUGGUUCAUGGAACAGCGGACGACAAUGUUCACUUCCAGCAGGCAGCCGAGAUUUCUGAAGCUCUGGUGGAGGAGCAGGUGGACUUUGAGGCAAUGUGGUACACAGACAAGGACCAUGGACUCGGUGGCUCGGCCUUUCAACACGUCUUCACCCACAUGAGUCACUUCCUAAAGAGGUGCUUUGAAUGAAGUCCACUGGAUCACGAAAAUCUAUUUUCAUUGUCUGGUGUGAAUAAAAAAAAUGUCUAAAAUUAUAAAUGCGGGUUUGAUUAUUAGCACUCCAAAUGCCAAGAAAAGGUCUUAAGCACAAAGUGGUCAAAUCAUAAUGUCAGUCUUUGUCUGUAAAAUGUUGCCUUCAGCUUCUCUGGAAAUUAUAAUGUACAUUUUUACCUGUAACACAUCAAUAUGGAAAAUGUGAUUUAUUAUAUGAUGUUUGUUUAGUGAAUUUUACUUUUUUGAGGUCAUUAUUUGACCUGGGGAACAACGUUGUUAUAAAAAUGUGAAAGUGUAACUGUAUUUGUGCUACUUUGAUACGAAGAGUUUUUACAGUAUUGUGUUAAAUUAUGCACAGAAACAUCACGCACUACAAUAAUUUUGUAUUGUUUGACCAAAUUGAUGAUUGUUGGCUGUUUGAUGUAAUGAUUGUUUUGUAAAAUAACAAAGAAUUAAAUAUUGACAACUA